UUCAUUCUUCAAGUUUUUUCAAUGGAUUUGUAGACCAAGAAAGACGAACCAUAGAAAAAUUUACAACAAAAGAGUAUGGUACCAAUUCAAUUUUCUUGCAUUUCUUCUUUCCUGGUUCCAUUUUCCAGUGAGUUCUCCUCCAUGGAUGCCAGGACAUGUUCUGAUUCAUAACCAUAGAAAAAAGUAAUCAAAAAUCAGUCGAAAAAGGUUUUGUUUCACUCUAAUACAGGCGUACAGGAAGACCUAGCUGUAAUCUGUCUUUAAAAGAUUUGGUUUCCUGUACGCCAUUUCGUGUAGCCAUGCACACAAAUAUAAAGAAUUUGUUGUUACUUUUCAGCCUAUUUUCAUUCUCCACUGCCAUUUAUGGAGCAGAAAGUAAAAACCCGAAUUCAUUGUUAUUGGCUUGUGGAUCUGGAAAUGGUGGGAAAGAUUCAGAUGGCCGAGCCUGGGAAUCUGAUAAGAAAUAUUUGGUGAAAGGUGAAAAAUCUGUUGAGACAAAAGCUGAAAUCCAGGAUCCGUCGUUAUCUGCGGUAGUCCCAUACAUGACAGGGAGAAUUUUCACGUCUGAAACCACGUAUCAACUCCCCGUUCAAAAUGCGACCUCACGAACUUUGCUUCGACUGUAUUUCUACCCAUCUUCGUACCCGAAUUUCAACAUUUCCAAUUCGUAUUUUUCAGUUGUCGCCGGAGGAGUCACCCUCGUGAACAAUUUCAGUGCUUUUUUAACCGCUGAAGCAUUGUCCCAGGCUUAUUUCAUAAAGGAAUAUUUUCUAGCCCCGUCAGAAUUUUCCACUCUUAAUGUCACUUUCAAGCCAUCAGAUAAACAACCACAAUCUUUCGCUUUUGUCAAUGGCAUUGAGGUCAUUUCAGCACCGGAAUUAUUCAGCAGGGAGCCGGUAAUAGUCGGGACGGGUGAAGUCUCUGAAAACUUAGGUUGGGAUGCUGCCACUACAACUGUUUCCCUGGAUGGUAUCAGCAUCGAAAAUAUGUAUAGAUUGAACGUUGGAGGACAAUAUAUUUCACCGGUAAAUGAUUCCGGGGGCCUAACACGUAGCUGGUACGACGACACCCCAUAUUUGUUUGGUGCUACCACAGGAGUCGCGGAUAAGGCCGAUGUGCCCAUUGGGUACAAAGGCUUACCGUCCUAUACUGCACCUUUAGAUGUCUACUCAACAUUUCGAAAUAUUGGUCCUUAUGCAGAUAUAAACAAGGGUAUCAACAUGACAUGGAGAUUCCAGGUUGACCCAAACUUCAUGUACCUUGUCAGGUUGCAUUGGUGUGAUGAUGAAAUGACGAAAAGUAAUGAGAGAGUUUUCGAUGUAUACAUCAACAAUCAGACUGCAGCAACUUCAGUCGACCUGUUCGCCUGGCAGAAUUCUGUUGCAAGUCCUACCACGAGGGAUUAUGCAAUUAGAGUUGCUAACAAGAGCGGGGAUGCAGAAUUAUGGUUGACGCUCCGCCCAAAUGUUAAAGAGAGCCCUCUAUAUGUGGAUGUUCUUUUGAAUGGAUUGGAGAUAUUUAAAUUGAGUGAGUCAAAUCUUGCAGGACCCAAUCCAACGAUUUCAGAUAUGAUGAGGAAGUACCAGGAAAAACAAGCAACAGCGCCAAAGGCUUUUGCUCAGAAGAGUUCCACCACUACCAUGGCCCUUAUUACUGGUGCUGCUGGUGGAGCUGCUGCAUUUGGGGUGGCGGCCGCCAUUUUUCUUGUUGCCCACAAGAAGAAACAGAAAGUCCCUGGAGAUGCCACUAGCUGGUUACCAAUUUCCUGGAAUUCUAGUACUACAUCAGGGACAAAAUCAUCUGUUUCUGGCAAGAGUCAAGGCAGCACGACAAUUUCUUCAGAUGCUGCAAGUAAUUGUCGCUAUUUCACCUUGGCCGAAAUAAAAAAUGGCACAAAAAAUUUUGACGACUCCAAUGUCAUUGGGGUUGGUGGAUUUGGGAAGGUAUACAAAGGAGUAAUCGAUGGAGAUACCAAAGUUGCAAUAAAGAGAUCAAACCCAUCUUCAGAACAAGGAGUUAAUGAAUUCCAGACGGAAAUUGAGAUGCUUUCCAGGCUGAGGCAUAGGCAUUUAGUUUCCUUGAUCGGAUUCUGCGAAGAUAACGGGGAAAUGAUAUUGGUUUAUGAUUACAUGGGAAAGGGGACUCUAAGAGAACAUCUUUACAAGGGAAAUAAAAUCACUCUUUCCUGGAAACAGCGGCUGGAAAUUUGUAUCGGGGCAGCCAAGGGACUUCAUUACCUCCACACAGGGGCAAAGUACACCAUCAUUCACAGAGACGUUAAGACAACGAACAUUCUUGUAGACGACAAGUGGGUUGCUAAGGUUUCAGAUUUUGGGUUAUCAAAAACAGGUCCCAACAUGAACAAAGGCCAUGUUAGUACUGUAGUGAAAGGAAGUUUCGGAUACCUGGAUCCUGAAUACUUCCGACGACAACAAUUGACUGAGAAAUCCGAUGUAUACUCAUUUGGGGUUGUUCUUUUUGAGGUACUCUGCGCGAGACCAGCUUUAAAUCCAAGCCUGCCUAAAGAACAGGUCAGUCUUGCCGAUUGGGCAUUACGUUGUGCAAGAAACAAGACUCUCGAGGACAUUGUCGACCCUGAACUGAAAGGAAAAAUUACCCCGGAGUGCUUGAAAAAAUUCACAGAGACUGCAGAGAAAUGCCUGUCGGAUCACGGUGUUGACCGCCCUUCCAUGGGUGAUGUCCUUUGGAAUCUUGAAUGCGCCCUGCAGCUGCAAGAGAAUCCCGAUUCAAGCGCCAUUGCAGCUAGUGGAGGCAGAGGCAGAGACAGCGGCAGCAGUAUGGAUCAUCAGAAUGCCGAAGAGAUUGAUCAGAACAACCUCAUAGCCAUGCAUCGAAAUACCUUAAAUCUUGGAAAUGACGACUCCAAUGACUCACCAGAUGAAAGUACUAAUGAUAUCUUCUCACAGAUUGCAAAUCCAAAGGGCCUUUGAGAAUUGUCUGCCCACCAACUUGUAUUCAUUUUAUACUAGUGUCAUGUCUAGCAAAACAGAAUGCUACUUAGCCGCCUCGUAUUCAAAUCAUGUAAAGCAAAUCACAUUUCCUUUUUAUAUACAUUCCAUAUUAUUAAUAUGUUGUUGUAUUGUAACAAGUUCUUGCUUGUGAAUUAUUUCAUUUUUGUAGUUUAGAAA